AUGAAGGACGAAGCCAGGCGAUCUCAAGCUGAGAUCUUCAACCUUGGAGUGGUCCAUGAGGACUUGUGUCCCGGGAAUCUGCUAUGGAAUACAGAGCUUCAACGUGUGUUUUUGAUCGAUUUUCAUGAUGUGACCCUAAGGAGACGCCUCAAAGCGAGACAAAAUCCCUCGAAGAGAAAGCUAUGCGGAAAUGAGCAUCAGCGGAAGCGCGCAAGAAUCGCUUCCGUAUAUCAGAUCCUGCGCAAGGCUCAAGCAUCUGCUGUGCCUGUAUUUUUGGGAACGAUUGACUUAGCAAAAAUUUACUUUCUCCAUGGCGCUGGACAAAUCCGCCAUAUGCUUAUAAUGGGCUGGGGAGGUGAAAGCACAGCAACGAUGGAGCUGACGCAACAGCUUCGCCGCGAAAUCCACAAAUCGACCAAGGAAAUCAGAGCUCUCGGGAUAAUACAUGGAGAUCUCAGGCGAGACAAUGUCCUUUGGAGUGAAGAGCUCGGGCGUGCUUUGAUCAUCGACUUUCACCGUUCUUCUCUGAGAUGCCGACCGACGAAGCAGCGACCGGGGGCCGCAAAACGACGACUAUGUCAAACAGAGGCCUCAGCAGAUGCGAAACGUGUCCGUGUGUCAGGAGAAUGA